UCGGAAGGGAGCUGCUUCUCUGUGGUCUUGACAAGCGCUGCCUGGGCUCCGCCGGCUCAGUAAUAACGGAGUGACCUUUUCUUUGGCUGUAUUCUGUCUGGCUGGGAAGGGAUUGCAUUUUGUAGCUGAGAGCCGGGGCUUCCUUCAGCUCGGCUCCUCGCGUGCUCCUGGGGUAAGUUGUCUUGAGCCAGGACGGAGAGAGACAGCCUCGGACUGCAGUUGCCUAAAAGGAGGACACCUGUGGCUCAGAUGCGGUCAACACCAUUACUUGGCGGAUCCUUGAGGACCUCAUUAUUUUAAACUUAAAAAAAAAAAAAAUAGAGAUUCCCUCCCCCUCUUUUUUUUUUUUUUCCCCAAGCAAUGCUUCUUUUUGACCUUUCCCAAGGAGAAGCGCUACAAAGCAGCCACUGUGCUUUCUGAACGGCCUCCCCCUGUAUCGCUUAAUUGAGAAGGUAUACAAAUGCUCUCAGUCCAGCCAGACACCAAGCCGAAAGGUUGUGCUGGCUGCAACCGAAAGAUCAAGGACCGGUAUCUUCUAAAGGCACUGGACAAAUAUUGGCAUGAAGACUGCCUGAAGUGUGCCUGCUGUGACUGUCGUUUGGGAGAGGUGGGCUCCACCCUGUACACUAAAGCUAACCUUAUCCUUUGUCGCAGAGACUAUCUGAGGCUCUUCGGCGUAACGGGAAACUGUGCUGCUUGUAGCAAGCUUAUCCCUGCCUUUGAGAUGGUGAUGCGCGCCAAGGACAAUGUUUACCACCUCGACUGCUUUGCAUGUCAGCUUUGUAAUCAGAGAUUUUGUGUCGGAGACAAAUUUUUCCUAAAGAAUAACAUGAUCCUUUGCCAGACGGACUACGAGGAAGGUUUAAUGAAAGAAGGUUAUGCACCCCAGGUUCGCUGAUCUAUCAACAUCACCCCAUUAAGAAUACAAAGCACUCCAUUCUUUUAUCUUUUUUGCUCCACGUGUAUAUAAGAAUUGACACAGGAACCAACUGAAUAGCGUAGAUAUAGGAAAGCAGGAUGGUUAUAUGGAAUAAAAGGCGGACUGCAUCUGUAUGUAGUGAAAUUGCCCCAGUUCAGAGUUGAAUGUUUAUUAUAAAAGAAAAAAGUAAUGUACAUAUUGCUGGAUUUUUUUGCUUGCUAUUCGUUUUUUUUGUGUCACUUGGCAUGAGAUGUUUAUUUUGGACUAUUGUAUAUAAUGUAUUGUAAUAUUUGAAGCACAAAUGUAAUACAGUUUUAUUGUGUUACCAUUUGUGUUCUGUUUGCUUCUUUGUAUUGUUGCAUUUAGUACAAUCAGUGUUUAAACUUACGGUAUAUUUAUGCUUUCUGUAUCUACCAGCUAUUUUAAAUGAGCUGUAACUUUCUAGUAAAGAAUUGAAGAGCAAAUCUCACUAAUGAUACACAUAUAAAGCAAGUCUAUCAACAUUAAAAAUACUGAAAAAGAAAGACACACAAAGCAUUUUAGCAACGUCCACUUAUUGCCACAAUGAUUUAGAGUCUAUCAGUGUUCUCAUUAUCACCCCCUAUUUUCAGGGGGUUAAAGAUCAGCUUUAAAAAAAUGCAUAAAAAUUUCAUCUUAAAGCACUUUCAUUUUUUACCAACGUGAAAAGUGCCAUUUUUAGAAUAACUUUAAAGCUUAACAGUUAUCCUUUUAAUACCCUUUUUUGUGUGUGUGCUCUUUACCUAGUCAAUGGCUUUGUUUUGUUUCCUUCAGCCAUUCACCGCUUAUGUGAGCUAGUGCCUUUGGGUAUCAUGUAAAAAUUUUCCAAAGGGUUACUUUAAAAAAGGGUUACCACAUGAAAUAAUUUUAAAAUGAUAAAUUUCUUGUACAAAUUUUGCCCAGAUCUGUCCAUAAGAGGUAAGCGUAUAAUAACUUUAUGAUUUGAUACAUUUCUGGCACCAAAAGGUUUUGAGUGCGAAUCUACUGAAACCAUGAUAAUGCACAUGGAAUCUAUGAUCCUAUUUGAGGAGUGAAGUCACUUUUGAUCAGAGCGGGAUAGUGCUCACAGAAUCUUCUAGAAGAAGAGAAACAAAGGGAUCGAUAAAAAGCUGAGAACUGGUGAUUAUAUAUUUUUCUGUAUUUACCUGCCAUUUAUUUUAAUGUUCAAAAGUGAACACCUUAAAAGUUUGAUGUGUCUUACUCUCAUUGCUUUCUCUAAGUAAUUACCCGCUCAGAAUUUAUCACACUUGGGCUGAAAUCUGUCAUUCCAUUUUUUUAAAGGUGAAAGAUUAUUCCCUUAUGUACAUGAUAGCUGAUAAAAAAGAAAGCUUGCUAGAAACAAAAAUUAUGGAGACUGAUUAUUUAAAUUACAAUUAAGGAAAUAAAGUUGCGACUGUGUUCCCUUCUUUGGGGUUGCUCACACUUUGUUUCUUUGCUUCCGCUCUUUGUACUCAAAACUACUUUUCAGCAGAUCUGAUUCCUCAACAGGAACAAUGAAGCAUAUUUUUACUAGAGCAACUUUUAGUGCUGUGGGCUUUUUUCUUUUUUUUCUUGAUCACUUGUAUAAGAGACAAUAUUUCCCAGUGUUACUUGCAUACAUACUUUGUCCUGCCGAACAUGCAUUGCAGAUAAAAAUUAAAUGUGAUACCUGAAUUCUUGGUUUGGGGCCAAAAUAUUAAACUGAAAAAAACAUGCUGGUGUGGAUUUGAGUUGUUUUCAA